AUGGCAAGUCGCACUACUUCAUCACCAGUGAAAAAUAUUUUAUCAGAAAUUCAAAAAAUUGAUUCAUUAGAUGCUUUACUUAAAACGAAUAAUAUAUUUUUAUUUAUACCAAAUAUAAUUGGUUAUGUACGAGUUUUACUUUCGGUUAUCUCAUUUUAUUUCAUGCCAUCGCAUCCAAAAAUAACAAUAUUUUGUUAUUUAACAAGUCAACUUCUUGAUGCACUCGAUGGACAUGCUGCACGUGCACUUGGUCAAAGUACUAAAUUUGGAGCAAUGUUUGAUAUGCUUGUUGAUCGAUGUUCAACAAUGUGUUUAUGCUUUGUUUUGGCAAUGUUUUAUCCUAAAUGGGCACUUUUCUUCCAACUUUGGGCUGCCAUUGAUACUGCUAGUCAUUGGCUUCAUUUACAUGCGGCUACAGUUAAAGGUUCAGAAAGUCAUAAAAAAAUUGAUUUAUCCGGCAAUCCUAUUCUUCGUCUUUAUUAUACUUCACGUAAAGUUCUUUUUACAAUGUGUGCUGGAAAUGAACUUUGGUUUUCAAUGAUCUACAUGCUUUAUUUCGGUGAAGGUCCUACAGUUCUUACUAUUGGUAAAUAUGGACUUGGUCUUUGGCGUAUUAUUCUCUAUGCUGUAACACCAAUCAUGCUUGGAAAACAAAUAAUUAGUUUAAUACAUUUAUAUACCGCUGCACUCGAUAUGGCUGCAAUUGAUGAUGCUGAACGAGCAAAAAAUAAUUCGAAAACAAAAAAUUAA